AUGGGCACGGGCAUCGUCUCCAUCCUCCUCUUCAACCUCCCCUGGAACGGAUACUGGCUGCACAUCAUCUCCUACAUCUUCUUCGCCUUGAACAUCCUACUCUUCACCAUCUUCUGCAUCAUCUCGCUACUACGAUAUACGCUCUACCCCGAGAUCUGGAUGGCCAUGAUUUCACAUCCUGCACAGUCCUUGUUCCUGGGCUGCUUCCCCAUGGGCUUUGCCACCAUCAUCAACAUGAUGAUCUUCGCCUGCGCCCAAUGGGGCCCCUGGCUCAUCUACCUCGCCUGGGCAUUCUGGUGGAUCGACGUCCUGAUCUCAAUGGCAACCUGCAUCUCCAUGCCCUUCAUCGUCAUGCACCGCCACCGCCCCGGCCUCGACAAGACAACUGCAACCCUCCUCCUCCCCAUCGUCCCCGCCGUCGUCGCCGCCGCCACGGGCGGCAUCGUCGCCGACGCCCUGCCCUCCGCCUCCCACGCCUACGCAACGCUCAUCGUCUCCUACGUCCUCUGGGGCAUCGGCCAGGCCCUCUCCGGCUGCGUCAUGGCCCUCUACUUCCACCGCCUGACCAUCCACUCCCUCCCCCCUCGGGAAGUCAUCGUCUCCGUCUUCCUCCCCGUGGGACCCCUCGGCCAAGGAGGGUUCGGCAUCCAGCAGCUCGGUAAAGUCGCCCUCAAGGUGAUUCCCCAGACGGAAAUGUUCCACGUCGCUGGUGUUGAUCCCACUCGCGGCGCAGAGUUUCUGUACUUCCUCGGCAUCUUCUUCGGCAUCGUCAUGUGGGGGUUCGCCCUGGCUUGGGUCUGCUUCGCACUCAUCAGCCUCAGGACCACGCGCCAGUUCCCCUUCAACAUGGGCUGGUGGGGAUUCACUUUCCCGCUCGGCGUAUGGGGUACUUGCACCAAUGCCCUGUGGAAGAAUCUGGGCAGCGAGUUUUUCAAAUAUGCAACCAUGAUCAUCUCUCUUACUGUCGUCCUCCUCUGGAUUCUCGUCAGUCUGAGGACUUUGCAGCUCGUCAUCACGGGCGAAAUGUUCUUCGCUCCCUGCCUCAAGGACCUCCGCGAGAAGGAAGAGCCUCCCACCGACAGCGAAACUGUUUGA